UCUUGAUUUAAUGCUAUCACAUUCCUACAUUUGAGUCCAAGUGUAUCCAAAACGUAUUUAUUUAUUUGUCUAUUUUUAAUUGUCCCCUGUACAUUCGCAGUAAACUACAACUCCCAGCAUUCACGGCAGCACGUCAUAACUAGAACCCAAACAGGACAUACCACGUGAUGCAUACACCGCUUUUCUAAACACAGCAGAAUUUCUGCUUUAGUUAGUUAGCGACAGUGUUUUGUUUAAAUUUCUCUACCAUUUUACUAAAGCAGAGAUGGAAGUGGAAACGGCACGACCUUAUUUUUUCGGUGACAUCGGUUUCUGGGCAGAGAGGACAGAGGUUCAUAAGGCUGCUGUGGGUCAGGUGUCAGAGCUGCAGAGUUUGAUCCAGAGUGGCGCUUCAGUGAAUAUUGUGGCUGUGGACUCCAUCACUCCUCUCCACGAGGCAGCUGCGCGCGGACAGACGCAGUGUGUGAGACUGCUGCUGGACGCAGGGGCUCAGGUUGAUGCAAGGAACGUGGACGGAAGCACUCCACUGUGUGAAGCGUGCUCUAUCGGGAACUUUGAGUGUGUGAGGCUUCUUUUGGAGUAUGGAGCAAAAGUCAACCCCAUGCUUACCUCUCGUACCACCUCUCCUCUACAUGAGGCCUGCAUGGGAGGUAAUGCAGAUUGUGUGAGGUUAGUGAUUGCUAAAGGAGCCAGUCUGGAGGCCUAUGACCUGUACUACGGUACUCCUCUACAUGUGGCAUGUGCCAACCGACAUCUGGAGUGUGUUAAAGUGCUACUGAAUGCAGGUGUGCGAGUAAAUGCCACUAGGCUACACGAGACGCCCUUACAUCAUGCUGCCAAGUCCAACAAUGUGGAUAUGAUCGAGCUGCUGGUGGAGUUCGGGGCUAACAUUUACGCCCGAGACAAAUAUGACAGGAAGCCAGUCGACUACACAAGGCCAGAUACAUCCUCAGCGCAAUAUCUUCAGCUUUAUGAGAGUAACCCUCUUUCUCUGCAGCAGCUGAGCCGUAUCGCCCUGAGGACGCUGUUGGGCGCCCGUGCUGUGGAUGUGGUUGCCAGAUUGGAUAUUCCCAACCGUAUUAUCAGUUACCUUUUAUACCAGUGAACUCUUUCUUUAGAAGUCCACAGAUACCGUGGAAAGACUUUUUUACCCUCAGAUGCACAAACACUUGAAGAACUGACAUCUCUCAGAAAAAAUAAAUAUUAGUUAUAUUGGCACUUUAGAGUAUUAAAGGAGAACUAUGUUAAAGUUAAGUUGAAAGUUUGCUUGUAAAUGAAAAUUCUGUUAAUAUUAUCUCAGUUUCAUGACUUUAUCUCAAUGGGGUCUAAAAUAACCUUUAAUCCCCACUGUAUGGACAAAAAGUGCCGAGAUAUUUUUCAAAAUACCUUCGUAGGGAGUAAAUGACAGAAUUUUCCAUUUUGGGCAGACUGUCCUUUUAAGUAACAAGCACAACAGAUUACAUAAAUAGGACCCACUUCUUAAUAGCACUUCUCAGCAGAACAGUCUGACUUUUGCUGUAAAAUAUGUUGUCUUAAUGUGUCUGAGGUCAAUUUAAGACUGAUGGAAACCAUUAUAUGUACGGUAAAUAUUUCCGCAAAGAAAGAGCAGGAGAUAGAGACCCAAAAAAGAGGAAACAUUUAAUCUGGUAGCUGUCUACAUUCAGGAACUCCUCUGACGGCUAAAUGAAGUCCAGGGAAACUUCAGCACAUUAGUCGCUCAGACGACAGACACUAUGCACAAAACACAGCAUUGCUGGAAACGAGCAUGUUAACAUCCUCAUGCUCUCAUUAGAGAUUCAUUAUAGGAGAUCACAGCGGCUUGAGCAAAGUGUUAUUGCCCAGGCCAGAGGCAGACACUGGCAUUCGUAUUAUGACAUCAAGCACUUUGAGUUAUGCCACCGUUUUGCCACAUUCACUGACCGUGUUCCGCUAUAGUGACGCCACGGUGACACUGACAGAAACCAGUUUACAGCAGUGUUUUAUUGUAGUACUGUUGUAUUAGUACACCGAUUGUAAUAUUUUGCAAUUCAGGUGAAGGAUUUAAUAUAGUCUGUAUGUUUGUUUCCUCAUCAUUUUUUCUGAAUUGAGGAAAAUAUAUUAAGACUACAUGAAUUUAACUGCUGUAAUGUAACGUAUUUGAGUUCAUCAGAAUAUUCUGCAGGAAAAUACAUCAGGCUGGACUUGUUUUGCUGCAUUAAGAUUUGAUUGGGCCAUGAAAUGUUGGGCUUUAAUUUUUUUAAUGUCUUUUAUUAAUAUAAUUUAUCCUCAAUUUGGACGCCUCAGCAAAAAUAAAAGUAUUUUCAGAUGUAAACAAAAAGUAAUAUUUUCAUGAAAGAUAAUGAUAGCAAUCAUAAACUUGCAUCGCAUGCGCUUAUGAAUUGCAUAUGUGGAGAAAUUACAGCAUGCACACUACUGUUUGGGGUUCAGUAAUGUUUUGUUUUUGAAAGAAAUUAUUACUUUUAUUCAGCAAGGAUGCAUUAAAUUGAUAACAAU